AUGAAUAAGCUAUCGAAAACGAAGUUUUUUUACGACAUUUAUUGCCCUAACUCUUGGGCAGCUUUCCAGGUUAUAUUCAUUUCUUUAUUUUAUCAAAAAAAAAAUAUUUCAGCUAUUGAAGAGAAAAACUCAUGUUUUUUCUAACUUGGAGUAUAUCCCAAUUAGUGAGUUCAAAACAGAGCUCCUGCAACGAAGGCAAAGGAACUUCAACCGGAGAGAAGAACGCGCUCAGGAAAUCGAAGUAGAGGACGGUAUUUACCUAAUAACAAAGAUAUUUAAAAUUAAAGUCAGUUUUUCUUUUUAGAAGAAGAAAAGCUGCUGAAUGAGCACAAAAUCAAGUUUUUGAGAGACCCUAGUUAUUCUGGAUCAACAGUACCGAUAGAUUGGGAAAAAGUGAAAAAAACAGUUUUUUUUUCCUAUCAAUUUUAUCGAAAUGCAGACACAUGAUGAAGUUAUCGCAAAAAAGUCCUUUCUCCCGCAGCUUUUCCUGACUUCUCUGAAAAUUCGCCGCCCGGAGUUGCAAGAGAGAGGAAUAGAAGUCAUUGGUAGUUCUGGAAGUCUGAAAGUAAGAUAAUUUCGAGCAAAUCAGGAGAUCGACUUUGGAACCAAAAGCUGCCAGUUAACCUCUGCUGCCACAUGUCAACCGUGGCCAGACAGUUGGGAAUUUCCUUUAAGGAAUCAGAAGACAUCGUUGCUCGACUUUCCGCGACGCGUUGUCGACAUGCGUUGACCAACUUUUGCUCGGAAGCCCUCGCUCUAGGGGUCAGUUUGCCAACAAAAUAGUUUAACCGAAAAGUUCUUUCAGCACAUCGAAGGACCAAUCAUUGUCUUCACGAACAAUGAUGGAGAAAACUCGAUAACACCAAUGUGGAAGAUUUCCUUAGGUAGUCUUUCUUUCCUGUUUUCAUUUUUUUUUUUCAUUUUAUUGGAAAAUGAAAUCUUAUAGAAAUGUUUACUACGCCUUAACAAAUUUAAUACCGAAAAAAGAACCAACAAUCGAUAACAAACCUUCGGAUACCAAAAAAAGAUAACAACAAAAACAAAUUGAACAGAAAGUCACAGUAAGCCGAAGAUAAAUUAAGAAUGUCGACAGUUUUACUGAACGAUGACUAA